AUGCUGGAGGCGAGAGAGUUCGUCCGAAGACAUAACGUUCAACCAACAACCCCAUCCCAAUCUCAUGAUCAGCAGUCAUCGGGAUUUAGUAGUAAAAGCUCCGAUGCAUCAGAUGGUGAGAAGUAUGAGAAACCUAUAAAAUCUCAUAACUCCACCGUGGAUUCCGACAAUACAUCUCACUUGUCACCAAAAACUUCUGUUGGAACAACACCGAAUGUGCCCACUCCCACACGAGAGCCGACAGAACAGAACGAAGCAACAUAUGAAGACAAUGCAUCGAGUAACGAAGUUGAUUCACAAUCUACAUACGUCUUCGCACCCACGUCCGCACUGCGGCGUCGUAAAGCGUCAUCAGCGGAUGUCACAAUAGGGAUCAAGGGUAUGCAGGCUGUAGCUCUGCUGUUUAUUAUGACGGCUCUUUGA